AUGGAGAAUCGAGUUUACGAUUUAGAUAUACCCGUUUCUUCCUUCAACGGUCAGCUUCUUGCUCGGGUUCUCGAUUCCGGUUACCAGUGUAUAGCCGUCAGUCACUCUGUAAAUAUAGAUGAUUUCAAUUUCAAUCUGAAAGGAGAAGAUGCUUCUGUGAGAAAAAAGACCAAAGAGGAACGUCAAACAAUGCGCGCAUCAUUGGUAUCCCAACUAAAACCAACACCAACGGAUAAAUUGAACAAAUGUCUGGAGGAGAGCAAUGCCUUUCGUGCCACAAUUCAACCUCCCGCGUCAUUUUUUACGCCGAGAAUUUUUCGACGAAUCACAUUGCAUUGUGAAGAUCCUUCUCUCACGGGACUAUUUUUUCGAGAGUUCGGGGAAAUGCUCAACGCCUAUGACAUUGUCAGUCUCUGUCCCUCAUCCUCAGAAGCUCUGUCGUACGCCGUUGAACAGGCACCCUCUAUAGACAUGAUCACACUUGACUAUACCAAAACUACCGAUUUCCGACUAACCAGCAAACAGUGUGCUGUUCUACUUUCACGUGGUUUACACUUGGAGCUGCAGCUGAGUCCCAUUUUACGACCUGGUCAAGCUGGCACUUCCGCUCGGACUAGCUUCGGACACAUGAUCACCAACUUGCUGGCUAUCACUCGUACUUCGUUUAACAAAGCAUUCGUGAACUACGAGCGGUCCAUCAACCCGGUUAUAGCCACGGAUGUCGGCUUUUCGUCCUCUCACUUUGGUGUUACACUACCUCCGCCACGAGAAGGCUAUGAAUAG